CCAUUCAAGAACACGCGCGCAAACCAUUCACGCGUUGGUGUGAGUGGUAGCGUGUUCGCGAUUCUCGCCACUACUUGGCCGCGGCUACCCACCGAUUAAAUCACCGACCGAUUCCGCACUGUUAGUCUUCGCGGAUUCUUCUACCAAAGCGGACCCGGGUUUAGAUGCUGGCGUAUCGUUAUCAGUGCUAUGUGCUUUCCUUGUAAUUAGAACGCUGGCUUGGGCUGUCCUCGCUGGAAGGAUAAAAAAUGGAAGCAACACGUGUCAGCUUAAGUGCUAACCCGCGACAACGGGCAAACUUCCUCUCGAUACUCACCUUCUGGUGGACGGUGGACAUGUUCCGGAAGGGUUACAAUCAAACGUUUGACAUCAGUGAUCUUUACACACCGCUUGAGGAAGAUCGUGCCGAUCGGUUGGGUGAUCGUUUGGAAAGACAGUGGAACAGACAGUUGGAGCUACAUAGCCGUACACCAUCCCACAACCCAUCGCUGGUACGUGCCAUCUUUCGAACGCUCUGGAAGGAAUGGCUCACACUUUCCGUACUAGCGUUUUUCGCCGAGGUAGUACUUCGUCUACUGCAACCCAUCUUUCUCGGUAGAAUGUUGCUAUACUUCCGCGAAGGAUCAAACAUGACGCGUGAGGACGCACUAUACUACGCAGGCGGUAUGGUGGCAGUGCGCGCGAUCAUCGUCCUGUGUGACAAUCAGUACGGUAUCAUCUCAGUCCUGACCGGUGUGAAGGCAAAGAUCGCCGUAUGCAGUGUGGUGUACCGGAAAUCGUUACGAUUGGCCCGUAACGCUCUCGGUGACACCUCGCCCGGGAAGAUGGUGAAUCUGAUGUCGAAUGAUGUGAACCGGUUCGAUAUCGCGUCCUAUCUGGUGUGUUUCAUGUGGACAUCACCGCUCGUAAUGCUGCUCGCUGCCUUAUUGCUCUGGUACGAGAUUGGUUGGUCGGGCGUGAUGGGUUUGAUCGCGAUCGUCAUUAUUACACCGAUCCAGUCUUAUACCGGCACACUUACGUCUCGCUACCGGUUACGGACCGCACUAAAAACCGACGAACGAAUCCGACUGAUGGACGAAAUCAUAGCCGGUAUCGCCGUCAUUAAGAUGUACGCAUGGGAGCGUCCUUUCGCGAAACUUAUCUCACUGGCUCGCCGGAAAGAAAUGAAGGAGGUACUCAAGAGUGGUUACCUCCGUGCGCUCUAUAUGUCAUUCCAGCUGUUCACUACACGCGCGGCCAUUCUUGGUGUGAUGCUUGCCUUUAUUGCCUUCGAUGAGGAUAUUACUGCGGCUAAGGUGUUCGUUGCCGCCAGCUAUCUCUCGAACGUGUCCUACACUAUGGCGGGUUUGUUUGGACGGGGAAUUGCCGAACUGGGUGAAGGAUUGGUCGCAACACGUCGAUUGCAACGGUUUCUCGAGUACGACGAGGUGCCACAGGAAGAGGAAACUGUUAAGAGCGACCGACCGAAGGAUGGGAAGGAAACUGAAAAUGGUAACGUCGGUGAAACGAAACGGUUGCUAGAUGAAACCAACGACAGUUUACCGGAGGAUGAGGUAGCUAUCGCAAUGCACAAUCUUACCGCUCGCUGGACAAUGCCGAAUGAAUCGCACGAUACAGCUCUCGAACCACUGAACGUGCCGGCAACUCUUUCGCAACUGGACAUACAAUUUAAACGGGGCUGUCUGAUCGGUAUCGUCGGACCGGUCGGUUCGGGGAAGAGUUCCAUCUUGCAAGUUCUGUUACGCGAACUUCCGAUUGAGAGUGGCAGCCUAAACAUGGGAAAAUGUUCCAUUGCUUAUGCGAGCCAAGAACCGUGGCUGUUUACGGGCAGUGUACGACAGAACGUACUGUUUGGCGAAGGCCUAGAUCAAUAUCGGUACAGGCAGGUGUUGAAAGUUUGUGCCCUACAACCAGAUCUGGCACAUCUGCCUGCCGGUGAUAUGACCGUGAUCGGUGAACGCGGUGUUUCGUUGUCCGGUGGCCAAAAGGCACGCAUCUGUUUAGCUCGGGCGGUUUAUCGCAAAGCGGACGUGUACCUUUUAGACGAUCCACUAAGUGCAGUUGAUGCACAUGUCGCCAAACACCUGUUUGAGCUGUGUAUCGGCAACGGAGGAUUUCUAAAACGUCGCAAUCCAAACGCAACCCGUAUCCUUGUAACACAUCAGAUACACUUCCUGAAGCAAGCGGAUUGGGUUGUCGUUAUGAAGGAGGGUCAUGUGGAAGCGCAAGGAACACCCCAAGACCUGCAAAAACGAGGCAUUGAGCUAGAGCACCUGGAACAAGGCGAACCCGACGAAGAAAACAUCAUUACCGAUCGCAAGAUAUCGCACACUUCCACUAGCUCCACAGUUACGGUGGACAGUGUAACGCUAGAGGACCUUACCAGCGGUGACGUAAACGAGGCAGACAUUGCCAAAGAAAAGUUUGAAGCUUCAUCCCAAGGAACUGUGCCAGGGUCGGUAUUUCUCCAAUACGUCUCCAGUGCCGGCAGCUGGUUGAUCUUUGUCGGUUUAGUGCUACUGUUCGCUGUAACGCAGCUUGUCGUUAGUGUAGCCGAUUGGUGGUUAUCUUACUGGACCGCACUGGAGGAAGGCAGACCGCUUGAAACCGGACAAACGUUUAACGCAACUCAAUCACCAACUGACGUGAUCGUUCAGACGGAUCGCCUCAGCAGGGAUGCUUGUGUGCUCGUGCACGGCACACUCGUUGGCACUAUCUUUUUCGUGGCAGUACUCCGAGCGUUCGGUUUCUAUAAAGCGUGUGCCCGUGCUUCACAAACCAUACACGAUACCGUAUUUGCGGGCUUUAUCGGUGCAAAGAUGCGCUUUUUCGAGACAAAUCCAUCUGGUCGUAUUCUGAACCGUUUCUCGAAGGAUAUGGGAGCGAUGGAUGAUAUGCUGCCAAAGUCAAUUCUGGACGCGACACAAACUCUGCUCAUGUUUGUCGGUGCCAUGAUGGUGGUGGUAUUUGUACAACCAUUCUUUAUGGUGCCUAUACUGCUGCUGUUUGCUGCGCUAUUGGCCGCCAGACGCGUCUACCUACGCACAUCGCAGAACACAAGACGUCUGGAGGGGAUAACCAGAUCUCCAAUCUUUACGCACAUUGCGGCAACUCUUAACGGGUUGCCAACGAUACGAUCCUACGGUGUGCAGCGUUUACUUAUACAAGAGUUCGACACGCAUCAGAACGUAAACACCGGCGCGUACUUUAUGUUUCACUCGGCUCGUAUCGCUUUCGGAUUGUUUCUGGACAGUAUCUUUUUCCUGUUUCUUACGAUCGUAACAUUCACCUAUCUGACGCUCGAUGAUGAUGCUACGGGGGCACGGGUCGGUCUCGCCAUCACACAGAUCGGUAGCAUUGGCAGUCAGCUGCAGUUUGGCAUCCGACAAAGUGCGGAAAUGUUUAACCAUCUGAUUGCGGUAGAACGAUUGCUCGAGUACCGUGAACUUCCUGCGGAGCGUCGGGAGCUAUCGGAAGGUGGAAAGAAAAACGCAGCUCGUAGCGUACCGAUUCCUCACGUUCCGAUCGCUGACGACUGGCCACAGAGGGGUAGCAUCGAGUUUAAGAAUGUUUGCUUCCGUUACGCGGAUAAUGAUGUGACAGUGCUACGCGAUCUAACAUUCGCGAUCGAACCGCAGGAAAAGGUAGGAAUCGUAGGACGUACCGGAGCCGGUAAAUCAUCCAUCAUUGCUGCCCUCUUUCGGAUGGCGCUAGUCGAAGGUGACAUACUGAUCGAUGGUACAAACACAGCCAAUGUGCCGCUGGAAACGCUUCGUUCGCACAUAUCCAUCAUACCGCAGGAUCCGGUCCUGUUUUCCGGCACACUGCGCCGUAAUCUGGAUCCCUUCGAAACGUACCCAGAUGCUGCACUGUGGCGUGCACUGGAGUUGGUAGAAUUGCGCGAACUUGCCAGUGAAUCAUCGGCCGGACUUGGGCUGCAAGCGUAUGUUGCUGCCGGUGGGCAAAACUUUAGCGUCGGUCAGCGCCAAUUGCUUUGUCUCGCACGUGCCAUCCUGCGCGGUAAUCGUAUUCUGGUGCUGGACGAAGCGACGGCAAACGUUGACCCUGACACGGAUCGGUUAAUUCAGCGCACCAUUCGGGAACAAUUUGCCGGCUGUACUGUGCUUACGAUCGCACAUCGGCUUAACACGAUCAUGGACUACGAUCGAGUGUUGGUCAUGAGCGAAGGUACGUCGGUGGAGUUUGGACGGCCCGCUGAGUUACUGGCACGGGCUGAUGGUGCCUUCCGCAGUAUAGUGCUGUCGACCGGUCGAGAUGAAGCUGAAAAUCUGAUGAAAAUGGUUCACAAUCUACGACCUAGAGGAGAUUGAACAAUAGAUAUUCAACGCGAACGAUGAAAAACAUAUAAGAUAUGUUGAGGCAGGUCAGAAGUUGUAAAAUAUCGCCUUACAACAUUACGUACUUAGCACGUGUAAAAGUAGAACAAAUAUAAACUAGAAAAAAAAAAAGAAUAAAUAAAAACUGGACGUUGCUAGUCGGAUGUGAAAGACCGAUUUAUUUGUUAA